AUGUACUGGUGCCUCUGGGAGCACCAGCUACUGUUCUGGUACAGUGCUCUGGAGGGCCCAACCACCUGCCUGCUCUUCUUACUGCUAUUUGAGCUGAUGGGAGCUUUCGUGCACCCGCACAGAGCGUACGAUGCCUGCGCCAUGCUCUGUCGAGCAGCUGGAACGUUGUGGGCAUUUAAUCUCUUCCUGGAACCCUCUGAGUUUUGCAAUAUUUCCCAUGAGAAACUGUACUUGGAGAAGAAUGGAGACAUAGGAGCUGAUCUGAACAUCAUGAGGUCGAUGGUUUAUCAUAAUGAAGUGAAUGUGCAAGUGGGGAGUAUUGAAAGGCAAAGACUUAUCAUCAACCAGGAUUCUCUCUCAUGGCUGAAGCUGAAGAAGUUCCACCCCUUUCUGGAGAAGAAUGAAUUCUGCAAUCUUUCCCUGCUGAAACUGUAUUUGGAUGAAAAUGGAGAUGUAGCUGCAGAUAUGAACAUCAUAAGCUGCUAUCAUUUGGACUAUGGCGUCAUCUACCUGAGCAGCAAAGGAAAGUCCAUGGUGGCUGUGGAGGUCUUCUCCAUCUUAGCCUCUGGUGCUGGGCUGCUAGGCUGCAUUUUCUUCCCCAAGUGUUACAUUAUCAUCUUCAGACCAGAUCUAAACAUUAAGGAACAGUUAAUGAGUCAUUAUGUAGGAGAUAACCAGGCAGAAUCCAAGGGAGGUAUCAAACACAUCUUCAGUCCCUUGGUGGAGCUUCGCUUGUCUCUGUUUGAAUCAGGAAAGCCACCGGAUAAGUCCAUCUUCUUACCUUAUGAUAUGGCAGGAGUAGUACGUUUUAUUUUCAAUAUUCAAACAGUCAAUAAAAAUCACAAGCUCCUGCACAAUCUCACACUUGGCUACAACAUUCAUGAUAACUAUUUGAGUGAAUUAGGCACUUCAGAGGCCUUGCUGGACAUGCUCUCUAUUGGAGAAGCUAAUAUUCCCAACUACAGCUGCGGAAGGAAAGACAACCUUUUGGCUCUUGUUGAUGGGGCUGACAGGGACAUCGACGUCCAGAUAUCAACAUUAGUAGGUCCCUACAAAAUCCUACAGGUUUGUGUCCAGGUUAAUAUGAUUGGGGUGGUAGCGGAUACAGAAAAAUGCACCAAGUGUCCGGAAGAUAAAUAUCCAAAUGAGGACCGAGUACACUGUAUCCCCAAAGUUAUAAUCUUCCUGUCUUAUGAGGAAUAUCUUGGGAUUAUUCUGGUCUCCUUUGUGCUACUUUUCUUCCUAACCACAGGCCUUGUUUUAGUCAUAUUCAUUCAAUGCCGAGAAACACCCAUUGUCAAAGCCAACAACAGGGACCUCUCUUACAUCUUCCUGGUCUCCCUCCUGCUUUGUUUCUUGUCUUCUUUUCUCUUCAUUGGUCAACCAAGAAAAACCACUUGCCUUCUCCGACAGACAGUGUUUAGUAUUAUGUUCUCAGUUUCCAUUUCUUCUCUCUUAGCCAAAACAAUCAUGGUGGUGCUGGCUUUCCUGGCUACGAAACCAGGAAACCGAGUAAAAAGAUGGUUGGGGAAGAGUUUGGCCAACUCCAUCAUCCUUUCUUGUUCUGCUGUCCAAAUUAUCAUCUGCUUCUUCUGGCUAGGAGUCUCUCCCCCAUUCCCUGAUUCUGACUUUCACUCCCAGCCUGGAGUGAGCAUCUUGCAAUGCAAUGAAGGCUCUGUUUUCAUGUUCUACAUCACACUCGGCUACAUGGGCUUCUUGGCUUCCCUUUGCUUCACAGUGGCUUUCCUGGCCAGGAAUCUGCCUGGGGCCUUCAAUGAAGCCAAAUUGAUCACCUUCAGCAUGCUGAUCUUCUGCAGUGUCUGGAUGACCUUUGUACCAACCUACCUGAGCACCAAAGGGAAAUACAUGGUGGCCGUGCAGGUUUUCUCCAUCUUGGCCUCUGGUGCUGGGUUGCUGGGCUGCAUCUUCAUCCCCAAGUGUUACAUUAUCAUUGUGAGGCCAGACCUGAAUAUAAAGGAGCAGCUUACAACCAGAAGAGAUAUGUAA